GGGUGGGCGUGGGGGUCACUUUGCGUCAGAAUCUAUCUAAUCUUUCUGCUCUCAUCAACUUUAUUAUUAUUAUUAUUCUUUUACAUCUUUUUUCUACCAAUUUAUACUGUGAAAGAGAAGAAGCGUCUCCCUCAUCAUUAGGGCUUUUACAUAACAUGGAGAAGAUCAGAAGAGCAUCUCAUGCUGGUUCAUGGUACACCGACAACCCAAAAAAACUAGCUGAAGAGCUUGAUGGGUGGCUUAGGGCUUCCGGCCUUGCAAAAUCUUCCGAUGUAAGAGGUGUAAUUGCACCUCAUGCAGGUUAUUCGUAUUCUGGUCGUGCAGCAGCCUAUGCGUUUGGAAACAUAGACCCUGCAAACAUUUCUAGGGUGUUUCUUCUCGGUCCAUCUCACCAUUAUUACACUCCAAAAUGUGCACUUUCAAAAGCCACAGUCUAUAAGACGCCCAUUGGAGACCUACCAAUUGAUCAAGAAGUGAACGAGGAACUAAAAGCUACAGGCAAGUUUGAAUUCAUGGAUAUUCAUGUUGAUGAGGCUGAACAUAGCAUGGAAAUGCACCUGCCUUAUCUAGUUAAAGUAUUCCAGGGGCAUUCUGUGAAGAUUGUGCCCAUUUUAGUUGGUGCUCUUAGUGUUGAAAAUGAAGCCAUGUAUGGUCGCUUGUUAGCGAAAUAUGUUGAUGACCCUAAAAAUUUCUUUUCUGUAUCUUCAGAUUUUUGUCACUGGGGAUCCCGGUUCAACUACAUGCAUUAUGAUAAAAAAUAUGGAGCCAUCCACAAGUCUAUUGAGGCAUUGGAUAAAAUGGGAAUGGAUAUAAUAGAAACGGGAGAUCCAGAUGCAUUUAAGCAGUACCUCUUGGAGACGGACAAUACUAUUUGUGGACGGCAUCCAAUUAGUGUUUUUCUUCAUAUGUUGAAGAAUAGCUCAACAAAGAUAAAGAUUCAGUUUCUGCGAUAUGAACAAUCAAGCCAGUGCAAAUCAAUGAGAGACAGCAGUGUAAGUUAUGCAUCUGCAGCAGCGAAAGUAGAUGCUUGAAUUUGUGAAGGUACCCAAGCUGGUGUAGAUCAAUGAGGGACAGCAGUGUGAGUUAUGCAUCUGCAGCAGCAAAGUAGAUGCUUGAAUUCAUGGAAGGAGCACAAGAUCACUGUACCUGAACUGCUACGAUUCUAAUGUCAGUUGAAUGUAACUUCUAUUAAUAAUUUCUGGAAAUGUUAUGUUUAUUCUUGUUAUCCUUGUGAAGAAGUAAUUCUGGUGUCAGUGAUGAAUCUUCUGGAAUAUUGCUUUUAAGCUUUGUUCUGUUCAAUCUCUUUCAAAUGUAAGGUUUUAUUUGGUUA